AUGAACGCCACGAAAGUCGUCCUCGACUGGAUCGCCGGACACCCCUACCAAACCGUGUUCCAAAUCGUCAACGGGGUCAUCAUAUGCACACCCGCCGCAGCCACGAUACCUGUUUUCGCCGCGCUUGGCUUCAGUGCCGGCGGCCCCCUACCAGGUUCAGGCGCAGCAGCUGUCAUGUCGUACUUUGGCAUUGUUCCAGCAGGCGGCUGGUACGCCAUGUUCCAGAGCGCAGCGAUGGGCGGCUACGGAGCCAGCGCUGCGGCGGGAGCGGCGCAGGCGGGCGCUGUGCUGUCUAGUGUUGCUGGUUGGGUCUGGGGUAGGAAUUCCACCGGUGGAUGA